GUUUCUUAUGGUGCCAAUGCAUCCCGCUAUAUCACAACUCGUCUCUUGUUCGAGUUUAGCGAGCCAGUAAUCAUGAUCAAUGAAAAAAGUCGUCUAAAGCGCCAAAGGCAGCCUGAGCGAGCAGUCUAAAGCGACCGCGCGAGUUCCGGCUGCCGCGAAGGAGAGCUGCUUUGCUACCUAGUGCUGUGCGUCCAGAGGCCAGUUCCUCCUGUCAUGUUGGUUUUCCACGGCGCAACAACGUCGACCAUGGUGCAUGACUGGCAGCAUCAAGCUCUCAUUCGACACAUAUCGUAAGAUCAAAGUCCUCUCGGCCUUUCAACAGUUAUCGCUUGAUACCCUACCUUCAGCAGACGGUGUCGCGGCGUCUACGAACAUACAAGCUGUGGUCUGUGUUCGAUCGCGCGAUCGAUGACACCGGUUCGCUCCACCCCCAGCCGCACGGCCUCACACUGGUUGCAUAUCAACAAAUUCUUAUAGCCGCAAGCCAGCAUUGAACGGCAGCCAUGGCUCAUGCGCCUGCAAAUCCAAUUCCUCACGACCUCUUUACGCAAGAAAUCCCUCCGUCGCCAACGUUGACGAACCCGGACAUGAUCCUCCCAUACCAACCUGAUGCGACUCCGGGUGAGGCGCCGUUGACCUCAUCUCCCGUCCUACAAAUGUCUAUGCCUCUGCGACCCUCCUCCGCCGUCUCCCAUAAUUCCUCUCAACUUGACCAUGACGCUCCAAUGGAAGUGGGUAUUGCGACUACCGUGAGGAUGUCAACCCAUGCUCCCAACGUCGAGUAUACCGGCUAUGAGCAUGGGGCACCUUUGAGCGACAUCUGGGAGGAGGAAACCCCAAAGUCCAGGAAAAGCCGAAGGACGGACAGUCCCAGAAGGUCCGAGACCGUUUCACCCACGCCUGCUGGGCGGCCGUCGCUUGAGGUACGAAGACUCAGUGACCGCUCAUCUUCAAGCAACAGUUCGGAUUUAGGAGAUUGGGAGAACUUUGACACAUCCAAAAUCAUGAAUGAAAGGCUGGCUGCAGAUGUAGCGAAAGUGCCGGAUGAAGAGAUUGAGGAAGUCGACAGCAAAAGGGACUCCACUGUGGCCGCAAGCCCAGAGGACGAAAUGGCUCUGCCCAACGAACGGGCUGAAAGGAUUUUGGCAAAUGCUAGGAAGCGGCUGACGCAUAUGGAAGACCACCUUACCAAAGCUCGCCAUAGCAUUUUGAUGUCGACUACGUCGUCACCCAGUAUUUCGGAUCACCAUCGGCCUGCUGGCGGGCUCUACCGAUCCAUUUCUGCCGCAGGGGCAAGCCAACGCAGACCUCGACAACUUUAUCCUGUGACAAGGGCAAAUUCAUCGGCGCACACUAGAGGUGGCAGCGAUGUAACGACCACUUCGGGGUUGAAACGCCUCUCCAUGGUCCCUGAGAUUAGGUCUGCCAGCGCUCAGGAGUACGGGCGAAGGCAAGAAUCGCCACAAGUUCAAAGUUCUCCCUCGAUACGUGUCGAAGGAAAUUCACCAGCGAGUAUUCGCAGCUUCAAUUCACCCUUACGUGUGCUUCGAGAAGAACAAGGUACCCCAAGUACAACCAAGACGUCUCCCGAAUCUUCCAUUCCGAGGGGUCUAGGCAUCAAUACGUUAGCCGCUAUCUCGAAAGAAGAUAUUUCUAUGGUCUCCAGCAGCCCUACCACGGCCAUUGCCCGUUCCUCUUCGGCAAUGUCAACUCGUUCGAAGGAACUUAAAGAGCAGAUGUCCGAUUUGCGAGCGCGUAUCACCGAACUCAAAGGAAAAGCCCAAGCCGACAGCAUAAAGAGACGAAGCUUACAAAGCAACCGAAGCCAAAGCCCCUUUACUAAUGCACAAUCGCCAGAACAGUGGUAUGCCAGUGCACCGGAGUACACAGGAGCUGGAAGUCCGCUAAACACAAAUGCCGGCCAGGGUUGGAGCCCAUUAAGAACUCAGAAGCCAGUAGAAAUCCAAAUCACGCCGGUCACGCCUCAAGCACAAAGGAUUGACGAUGUAGAACAGCCGGCAACGAACGAAUCCAGACUGUUAAGCGAGGUCAGGACGGACAAAAACACCCCCAGUCUACACAAGGCGGUCAAUCUGAAACAUAUCGGGCAAGAUGAGACAAUGUCAGUUAUCCAGGAAUCCCUAUAUGAGGACGCAGCACAAGAGUUGGACGACGGCGAUGAACCAAUAGCGGCCUCAGAAGAAGAGCAGAUCUACCUCAACGAAGUUCUAGAGGAAAGUCUUCAAGAAGCCGAGCCUGAUUUGCCGGAUCUGUCCGAACAGCUGCUCUCUGUCGAGGCUCCGGCGGCGCGGCACGAGGAUCGAGUUGACGCUUUCGACUAUGAGAAUAUGUACCUCCACAGUGCUUUGGGCAACUACACCGGUACAGGCACUAGGAGUGAGACACCUAGUGAAAGCGACGCCAGCAGCAUUAUCACCACUCGCAUGGACGCACACUCACCCGCCGUGGGCGACGAAGAAGACACAGAGGAGGCCGGCGUGGUCGAGAAUGUCAGUACAGAUGAAGCAUCGACACCGGUUCAACAGACUUUCCCAAGGUCACCCGAUCGUCCGUCGCAAGAGUUGACUCCCCUUGCGUCCCCCACCAAACCGUGGAUGAAAGCAAUGCGCAGCAACAGUAUGGACUCGGUAUCGACUGUGGCCACGUUUGCUACUGCAACGGAAGGAGGCGGCCACGGAGAGGGCGAUGGUGACGAAGAAAACGAUGAAAUGCCAACUGAGAUACUCCACUGGGGUACUAGCAGGCAAGGGCUGGGGUUUCCACCACCGCCGGCAAGUCCUAAACAUGAAAAAGCGCCCCCGACCUGGUCGAACACGACAACUCCUGCGUGGAACGGACGCCUUCAUCAGGGUCCUAACAGAACCCCGCAUCUUGUGCAUACGUCCGUCUCUUCUGUCGUGUCCAACGGAAUGCCCACACCUCCUCCCGUUCAGUCGCCAGGCUCGGGUGGGCGUUUUCCAUCAGCGCAUGGAGCUGCGCAGUUUCACAGCUCCUCAAUCCACCUUACACACCUUCAUAACUCCACAACUGACGAAGGUGCAGUCGACCAUCCUGCGAACACCGAGAUUCUCAUGGAAAGCUUGGUGAAGCUCGUAGAUCCGGAUUUCAAGAUCGGGGCCGCCCAGGACCAGGGCAGGUCUACGGUAACCUUUUCGGAUGUCGACAAGGGUCUAGUUCUUGAUUUGCUGCGGGCCGUGGGAGGCGUGUGCAAUGAGAUCCUCCGCGCGGAAAGGAGUCAUGAAGUACGGGCCGUCAAAGUCUUGCGCAGAAGACUGGAUGAAGCAAGGAAUUUAUUAGAGGGUCAUGCGACGGAAUAGGAAGAAAGACAAGAAGCGAAAACUCGUCGCUCUCCCUGCUCCUUUGCCUUGUUUUCCAACGCACAAUCGGACGGCUAUCUUUUGGUGGUUGGCGGUUGUGGAAUGGUACCUUUUUCGCUUUUUUCCAAGAUUUGUGCGUUCAGCAGCAAGCGAUUUUCUGGGGUGUAAAUCGGCCCUGGUAGCGGGAUCUGAUUGACUUUUUCUUUGGUUCUUUUACGCCCACUUUGGGAGCUGAGCUUGGUCUCAUCUGGACGGAUCUGGGAAGGUCUGUGGAGAUGAGUGUUUAUACAUUCUGACACCCAUACAGACUCGUAAUGUGAAGGAUGCGAUGUAAAGGAAGAGAGGCAUUCUUGGGCUUUUGGCUUCGCUUAUAUACCCCCUUCCGUAUGUUUCUGAUAGGUAAUUCACAUCAAGUCAGUUGAUGGCUGAGAGCUGCUUGUGGUAUUUACUAGUAGCAAAUCAAAAACAGCAUCCAGUACAACA